GUUUCUCCCGCUGAUGAGGUUUAUACAGUCUGAGAACAAGAGCGAUAGGGUGUAUUGCUUCGAGGACGAUGCUGAUGGCGUUGUUUACUCGUGGUGUCCGUCUAUGGACUUGUUGGCGGUGUCGCAGCGUAAUGGGAAGUGCAUCUCUCUGUACAGAAUGAAUGGAAGGAAGGUGUACGAGAUAGAUACUUCUUCCAGUCCUGUGAAAUGCAUAGAGUGGAGGCCUGAUGGGAAGCAGCUCUGUGUUGUGUGUGUUGACGACAGCGUGGUUUUGUAUGACGUGAACUCCAAUGAGGAACUGACACGGUUGAAGACGCAGGGCUCUGUGAACUUUACGAGAUGGAUCGUGAUGAAGAGGCCAGCUUCUGAGAACAAGUUCCACGGGAAGUUUGAGCUGAAUGACAUAUGGGAUAGCUUACCGAAAUUGACGCCGUUGUCCAUAUCGGGGGCUCCGAGGAUGAACAAGACGUUCAGCUCCAAACAGGCCAUCGAUACGAUGAUCCAAAUAGGUUCGAACGAGGAGAACAUGGAUUUGUUAUUUGCAUUUGGAUCCAAUUCGGUCAAUCUUACGCUACAUGGGUUGUUCUCCCUUGGCCCUGUGGAGAUCUUCAAAGAAAAUGAGGAUGACGAAGAGAUUGUCAAUUGUAUCUCACACUCUCUAGAGGAUCAUUACAUCUUGACGUCCUCUUUCAAUACGAUGCAGUACAAGUUACGCAAAUUCAGGACGAACUUUAUACAGCAUUACGAGUUCUUCUCACAAAUUACAACUUUGUCGUCUAAGAUCAUUGCGUUGUUGGGGUAUAUCGGUGAAGUACUGAGCAGUAUUGCCGUCUUGGUAAAGUCCUACCUCGAUGACCACAAUAGGUUUUUAAACGUACUACGCAAUGAACUAAAGGAGAAGGGGCUCAACGUUGGUGACGAGUUGUAUAAUCUGCUAUUGACGGGUAUGAUGAGUGAAGACAUCAAAGAUUGGAUACAAAACUCCAUCGGUGAUAGAAAUUUAAAGAGAUGGACAAGCAGUGGUGAAGCAGCUUAUAACAACACGAGAAAACUUCUCAUCUACCAUUUGAUACCUGCCUGUGAUAGAUUAAUACUUUUGCUAUCAAGAUCAAUAUCUGUGGCGAACACUGCAUCUUUAUUGGACACACCAUUUGACAUUGCUGGUGCUAUUCCGGUUGUUAUCUCAGAGGUCAAACACUUCCUCAUCGAGCUAUUCCAAUUAAUAAAGAAGAUCAACAAUGAGCAAGAGUUGUUUAACGAGUUCAUACUGUGGCUCAAGUUCACGUUCACAGAAUUACAGGAAGAUUCAUGUGACAUUGAAUAUUCAACUUCAAGCGUAGCUGAGUACAUAUCAGCACAUUUGGAAAGGUCUGUGUUCACCACUCUUGUUCCUUUGAUGAGGAUGAAAUCUAACAAAGUGACCAUUUCAGCAGAGGAUAUGUUUGACUCCAUAAGAAAAAGUAUUCGAGCUAGCAUUACUCAUAUAGAAGAAGAUGGAACUCUGCUUCAAAUUCCAUUGGGUCAAAUAACGGAGAAACAACGAAUGAAAUUCAUUGACGAUGAUCUAUACGUCUUCAGUGCGUUGGACUCAACUCUGGAGAUUUUCAAGGUAAAUGUUGAAAGCAAACUCACAACGUCAACAAAAGUCGAAUUUGAAGAUGCCAUCUCGGAUUUACAAGUCUUGGAUGAUGAUAAUGUACUCAUUGUGUCUGGACACAGGUUGGUCACUUUUGCAUAUCAAUAUCUAUUUGACCAAUCCCUUCAUACUUAUAAAACAUUAUCAUUGACCAGUAACGAACCUAUGGAUGAUAUUCAGGUUUCUUAUGUGACAACAAACACAGGAAGAAACAUUGGAUGUGGCAUCAGCAGCGACAUGAAACACUACACAGUAUUUGUGAUGAACCAAAUAUGAAACACAUGGCAUAUAUCUAUGUACAGGAAGGCUAUUCAGCUAAUGGAAGUACGCACUGUCUGGGGCAUUUUUAGCUAUAAUGAAUGCA